AUGAAGAGGACGCUGCUAGUGGCCCUAGCCAUCCUAUCCCUGUUGAAUCAGGCAAUCCUGGUAAAAGGCGCAUCCGUUUUGGGCAUAGAUUUCGGAAACGAGUACAUAAAGGUAUCCAUUGUGUCGCCAGGAAAAGGUUUCAACAUUUUACUGAACAACCAAAGUAAGCGAAAAAUAACAAAUGCAAUCUCGUUCAGUAGCAAAGUGAGGACCUUCGAUGAGGAAGCCAAAAUAUACAGCUCAAAGCAUCCACACCUAACGAUCCAAAAUGGGAACAACUAUUUAGCCUACAACAUAUUCGAUGCAUUGAAAAAUAAAGAAAAUUUCAAUGUUGAAAAUUAUGAUGAGAGUAAUGAAGCUUUUUACGCAGAUGUGAAUAAUUACCAAUUUCACCAAGAGGAUGAUGCCACGAGUAAAUAUUUUGACUACGAUUAUGUUGUCGACCAUAGGAGAGGAACCAUCAGUUUGAAACUAAAGAAUGACAUGGUUCUGUCCUCCGAAGAAAUAACGGCAAAUAUAUUGGGCUACAUAAAGAAGCUGGCGUAUAAUCAUCUAAAUGUGGAUUACAAAACGAAGAGAUCAGUAAAUGUACAUAUCGGGUGUGUGAUAUCCAUUCCGUGUAAUUACCCACAGAGGAAGAAGGAGGCUCUUCUCAAUGCAACCAAAAUAGCAGGCCUAGAAUUGCUAGGGUUAGUGAAUGGAGUCACAGCUGCUGCCAUACACAAUGUGCACGACUUGCCAUUGAACAAGACGAAGCUGACCCUGUACUUGGAUGUGGGAAGUAAAAAUAUCAAUGUCGGAAUCGCAACGAUCAGCCAUAUAGAGCAUGAUAAAGUUCGGACUAGAAGCGUUAAGGUCUAUGCAUGUGAAGUCAUCGAAAACAAAUCAGGAAAUAAAAUCGAUGUGAUGCUAGCUGAACAUUUGAGGAAGAAAUUUGAAGAAAAAUAUAACUUGUCCAUUUAUGACGAUCGGAAGGCCAUGCGCAAAUUAGUCCUCGCAGCAAAUAAAGCAAAAUUAUUGCUAAGCGCUAAGAAAUUCACGGAUGUGUUUAUAGAAAGCUUGUACAAGAAUAAGAGCUUGGCAGAAACAGUCACAAGACAAGAAUUCGAAGAUCUAAUUGAAGAAGUGAUCUUAAAUUUUAAAGUACCAAUUAAUAAUGCCCUUAAGAAAGCUUCCUUCGAGUUGAAAGAUAUUGAAGCUUUGGAAUUGAUUGGCGCUGCAUGGAGAGUCCCUAAAGUACUAAAUGAAAUCACCGCCUUUUUUAAUCCCCUAACUGUUGGUAUGCACCUCAACAGUGACGAGGCAGUCACCAUGGGAAGCCUCUACAUUGCCGCCUACAACAGUGCAAAUUUUCGUUUGAAAGAUUUGAACUACACAGAUAUUCUAUCAAAUGAAUACCACAUAGUAGUACGAGACGGUGACGAAAACCAAACAUCCGAUGAUCAAAACACCCCAAAGGAAAUUAUUCCCUAUAACUCCCGAUACCCGCUUACAAAAAGUGUCAUAUUAAAAUAUAGAGAAAAUUUAAAAUUUUCCAUUUUGGAGAAUGGGAAGGUACUGAAUGAAUAUUCUGUGAACCCUAUUGAUGAGGCGACGAAGAAGAAGUACGAAAAGUUGGACUCUCCCAAGGUGAGCCUGAAAUUUCAGCUGGAUAAGUUCGGAAUUUUGACCCUAGAGAAUGUGUUCCUGAUUUAUGAGGAGGAGAAGAAGGUAGAGUCCAGCCCAAAGACGGCAGAUGCGCAGGAGAAAAAGGAAAACUCCAAUGUGGAAACGAGUGAGGAAGCAGCUGGGGAGGUCAACAUGGAUGCCACUGGGGCGGGGCAAGCCACCGACAAAGAAGCAACGGAGAAAGAGGAGACAAAGACGGAUGAAAAAAAAACCCAUGUGGUGAAACACUCAGUGCAGAUGACUUACCAAGUGAGAAACAUUAAGCCAACCCCCCUGACAAACGAAGAAGUGAAAGAGAAGAAGGACAUUUUAAAGAAGAUGGACGAGCAUGAUAUUAACAUCUUCCUCAAAUCGGAGAGAAAAAAUAAACUCGAGUCUUUUAUCUACGAGUCCAGAAGCAAAAUGAAGCAGGACAUAUUCAAGCAGGUGUGCAAAGAAGAUACCCGCACCGAGUACCUAAACAGAUUGGAGGAAUAUGAGGAGUGGCUUUACACUGAAAAUGACGAACCCUUAGAAAAUGUAAGUAACAAAAUAAUGGAGCUGGAGGAUGUCUAUUUGCCUAUUAAGGAAAGGGCGGAAGAAUUACAGGUAAGGGAAAAUCUAAUCCAGGACACGAACGCCAAAAUUAAGGAGAUGGAACAAGAAGUGAUACAGUAUACAGCAGCCAAACCAUGGGCGGAAGAAACCAUUAAAGUGGUGCGAGAUUCAUUGGAGAAAGCAAAGGAGUGGUGGAAGCAGGCACAAGAAGAACAAAAAAAAUUAGAUAAUUAUUCUCCUCCAUUUUUUAAAGCCAAAGAAGUAGAGAAUAAAUUUAAGUCUAUCCAUUUGCUAGUCAAAAGUUUGGAGAAAAUUAAAAAGCCCGCCGAAAAGAAAGAGAAAAAAGGAAACGAAAAUGCGGCGCCCAGCCCAGAGGAUAGAAAAAACGAUCCCAAGGAUGAGCAGCAAAGCAAGAAUGGAUCACAGAAUGGCAACUCAAGUGAGAACAAGGGAAGUACCGACGGAAGUAGCAACGAAAGCGCCGAUGCCGGAGCUUCCCAAGCUGAAGAUGGCCAACAGAAGGGUGAAUCGGGUGCCAACCGAAACCAGUCAUCAGAUGGGAACAAUGAGUCCCAGGACCAGAAGGAUGAAUUGUAA